AUGGAGCCGGCCCAAUCAGAGAUGAGCAUCUUGGGAUGCUCGCCCAAUGGGAAAGGUCACGACCUAGGAGAUGACACAUAUGUGCCUAUGAAGACCAUGCCAGAGGAAUUAGACACGUGAGUUUCCUUUUCCUGGACUUAUACAUUAUUGUCACAUUAUUGUAUUUUUCAACAACCACAACUAAUCAGAAUCAAGGCUUUGCAUAUUGUGAAGAACAUUUUACUUUGUGAAGAAACAGUCUUGAAAAUGUUCAUCUUGUCUUUGGUGUCAUAAUCAAUCCUUGGUUCCUGCCUGUGCCUGGUAAAGAUAUGACGAGGGGCCGUCAUGACCUCCUCCUUAGGACCAUCUGGCAGAACACCCAGAAUAUGUUCUUUAAGUUAAGAUAGGAGACGGUGCCAGACACAUGCCGGAACCAACCUUAUGAACUAUGCCUAUGUAACGUGUCUGUAACCAGUAUAUAAGCGAUCGAACAGGACUGCCCCGUUAGAGCUCCUGAUCGACAUGUAUACUUGGUGUAUUGAGUUGGUUGGAACCUCUCCAGCAUGCUGAUAAUAAAGAAUGAUUCAUUUAAGAUUGACUUCGAGUGUCCCUGUGUAAGAAUUUCCCCGACAAUAUCAAUCUGAAAAGCAACUGAAAAGUUACAUACACUCACCUGGUUGUCUUUGUGACUCUAUAUCACAGAAACAAUACAAUGCAUAUUUCAUUCCAAUUGUUUUUGAACGGAUGCUUUGAUAUUAUUAUUGCAUAAGGGGGGUGACAUUUAGCCCACUGCAUGCAGUGUUGUGCCCAGCUCAUAGACUGGAGAGAGUAAUGGGUUUGUGCUGUGUUAAACUGUGAAUGUGUCAUGUGUUUUUGUCGUUUACCUUCCAGUAUGGAAACCAAAACCCAUUUAACAGCCUGUAAAUGUCACCUGUGUGUUUCUAAAAUACAGUAGCUUUUAUUCAUCAGGGUUGAAACUCCUUUUCAAUUCAAUCAAUUCUGGAAAUAAACUGAAAUUGUAAUUCCAAUCCUGAAUUCAUCCACAUGAUUGUGUCCAAAAGCGGGUAGUUUACCCUCUAAUACAGACACCAUUUUAUAGACAGAACUCUUAAAACCCUAUUUCUAUUUCCACCAUGCAAAUUGUGUUUUGCUCGCCCAGUCCUCCUUGCUAAGUGUAUGACAUCAGUACUGAGUAUGAAUUGUUUAUAUGCCAUGAAUGACGUCUGAGCAGACAAUAUAACUGAUUGCCUGAGUGGUGUUUGUGUUUCUAAGUGCAUGUUUGCCUUGUUUUUGUCCCGCCGUCACCCAUGGAUCCUCUGUUUGCCACACAGAAAUGGUACUCAAAAUGUCAGGUAUGUUUAUACUUCGAUAUACAGUCACACAGACACAGUCUCUAUAUAGUAGGCUUACUGACUAUGUAACAUCAUUACUCACAAACUAUCCUUUAAGUGAAGCAUGUUGACACUGUUUUGACAAGAAACCUCCUUCUAUCUGUGUAGCUUGUGUCCCUCAUUUUAAGGUGCAGGUUUUAGAGACUAUCAAUUGUAAUGUCCGUUUCUGUUUCGUCCAGGUUUGAUGAACCUGAUGGCAUCCUGGAGAGUGAGGAGUUUCUGCCCAACGGAGAUGGGAAGAAGCCCAUGCGCUUCACAGAUGUUAGUGUGACUGACUUUAUUAUCUCCAUAACUCAAACAUUACUCACUGUCUGUUUUCCAAAUGGCACCCUAUUCCCUAUGUGACGAGUUGACAUGGCCACAGUUGUAAUCUAUUUCUUGUUAUGAUGGAUGUAGCUACAUAUAUAAUCGCAUAAUCCUCAUAGCCUACAUGUCUUUUUUCUUUGUUAAAGCACAUAGAUGGGUAUGAAACGGUAAGCAAAAACAUUGAAUUUGGUCAUAUGCAGAAAUGUGCUUUUCUGCCUUUUUAAUUUUGUGUAACGUCAGUAGUCUUGUCAAGGAAGCAUCAUGUAAAAUAUAUUGGCCACACUCCACUUACCAAGACCAUUGCCAAAUGAGGCGUGCUGUCACCUGCUUUUACAGUAAGCCUUGAGGUGGUGUAGUGAGCCUACAGUGGUACCGCCCAGCACAUCUAGAAGGGAAUGUAUUUCAUACCAAACUCCUCCCUUGGGAUAACAUAGAGGCACUUUCUCAAGGUGCCUCUACAUCAUGAUUUCAAUGGUAGAGUUGAACCGCUAGGGCCCUCAAACUCAACUCAGGACAUCGAAGGCAGUUCCACUGCUUUUUUUCAUUGUUUCCCUCUAAUCAGGGACUGAUUUAGACCUGGGACACCAGGUGGGUGCAAUUAAUUAUCAGGUAGAACAGAAAACCAGCAGACUCCGGACCUCAUAGGGCAAGAGUUGAAUACCCCUGCGCUAGGGCCAAUAAGAGCUAGAUGAACUACUAAAAUACCCAAAUAUGUAACUUUUGUAACGAACCGUCAAAAUGAAGACAAUAAUUGAUGUGUUUCACUAAAACUAAGCCUAAAACAUCUGGUUUUCGAUUAUUUUUUAUUUAUUUAUUUUUUACAUGAAAAUUACUCUUUAAAGGGUUAUUCGUCUGUGCCCAUAGGAUAACCCUUUGAAGAACCCUUGUUGGUUCCAUGUAGUACCCUUUCUACAGAAGGUUCUACAUGGAAACCAAAAGUGUUCUACCUGAACCUAAAAGGUUUCUACCUGGAACCCAAAAGGGUUCUCCUAUGGGGACAGUCGAAGAACCCUUUUGGAACCCUUUUUUCUAAGAGUGUACCCAGCUAGUAUAUUUGGUUCCUUGGAAGUUGUAGGAACGUAACUGUUUGGUUUCCCAUUGGUUCUGGGAACGAAGCAAUACGUUUCCUGACCAGUAAAACAGAAAAUGUAUUCAACGUUCUUGAACUCCAAGCACAGAUAGAACACAUGGAAAUGAAUUUGCUUAGGCAUUAGUCAUGCAAACACAUUUAUUUUUUCUUGUGGCAUGGCAUCAGAGAUAUUCGGUUGUCUAUCCAUGGAAUUAGUCCACUGCACCACCAAGUAGGAAUGGCCGGCAGGGAUGUAGCUCAGUUGAUAGAGCAUGGCGUUUGCAACGCCAGGGUUGUGGGUUUGAUUCCCACAGGGGGUAUGAUAAGAGCGUCUGCUAAAUGACUAAAAUGUAAAAUGUAAAUGUAAGAUGGAGCUAGCAUACCAUGUUGGUGGUUUUUAAACUCGUACAAAGCUGUUAAUUUUAGUCUAUUCAAACAGACCCCAUGUCAAAGGAAACAAGUAUUAAUUAACAUUAGGUGUGGCCAAUUAGUGGGCGGGGCCAAUAUACUUGAACACAGUUUUGUUGAAGCUGAGAUUGGAAUGUAUUUGUUUUUCAAUAACAUUCUUAGAAUGUUCUUUGCACAUUACUAAUGUUUUAUUGUGGUUUUUAUGGAAAGUUUUCUUAAUGUUCUGAGAACAUGACUUUAAAUAGAGCCAUGAGAAAACCUCAGAAAGCGUUAUGCUGAAGUACUGAAAUUCUCACAGGAGAACGUUGUUUCUUAACGUUCUCUGAACUAUUAGAGAAUAUUCCCAAUGUCAAACCAGUUGUAGAACGUUCCUAGAACAUUAUCAAAAAUGUAGUUAAAUGUAACCAUGUUUGAACAUUUAGGAAUAGUUCUGUUAAAGUAAUGAAAUACCAAGAUGAAUAAUGUUAUUUUUGUCAAGUUCCUUAAAUGUGCUGAGAAUGUUCCAAGGCCAAGCAACUAUCUGCACCAAUCCCAGAACAUUCUUGAAAGGUUGUAUGUAAAAUAACCAUAGGACAACCACACUCUCACCAAGCUCUAAGAAACGUAUGGUUAUCAGAAUAUUAUGUGCUAGCUGGGUAGGGAAUAGGGUGCCAAUAGGAUUCCAUUUGGGAUGCAGACACUAAAUCAUUGCAUGCUAAUGACACAUUUGGCCUGUCACGUUGCACUUGACAAGAACAUUUUUAAUGUGAGAAGAGCUUUUCAGCUAUACAUAAUUGUUGAAUUAACUAAAUUUGAGAUUGUUGUAUUUUUUUGAUCAGUUUGAGGGAAAGACAUCUUUCGGCAUGUCUGUGUUCAACCUGGGGAAUGCUAUCAUGGGCAGUGGAAUCCUGGGACUGGCUUAUGCCAUGGCUAACACUGGCAUCCUCCUCUUCCUGUAAGUCAAACUGUCAGCUUUCUACAUGUCUCUACAUGUCUGUAAUAAUGACUGUAAGUCGCUCCGGAUAAGAACGUCUGUUAAAGGACCAAAAUGUCAAAUCCUGCCGAUGCUUCUUAACGGUCUCCUAGUCUCUCCAUUCCCCACUUGGUUUAGUGUUUUUGUCCUUCCUCUUCUCAUAAAACCCUGAAACCGCAAAACGACACACUGACUUUCAAAUCACUGACACAUUGAGCACAGACACAGUAGGAGUCACUCAUUAGCUAUUGGUUUGUCUCUGUUGAUAGUAGCACUGCCAGCUUGUUGUGAUAUGAUAUCCCUUUGCCUAACCAGAGAGCCUGUAGAGAACGUGCUCCUCAGUCACAGUUAUAGCCUUUAGGCUGUACAUAGAGUCAAUACAGUGGAAAGGGCCAGGGUGUGGGUUGAAAAUAGCCACGACCUUCGCUUGUAGGAGGGAGCUGGGACAGCCAGGAAUGCUAUUUGCCCAGAACCCCAGCCUGCCUGCCUCAAGAAGGGUGCUGUGCCUGGGUGGGGUGAUAAGGGGCCAGGGUGGGGCUGGAGGCAGGGUAAGGGUCUGUGGUGACGUGACACUUCUCAUGGCAUGAUCCACACUAUCCCCUCCCUCCCAUCUUCCCCCAUUCUCCAACCGUUGUCCCCGCCCCUGUGGACACAUGCAGGCCCCAGAAAGGCCACAGCCCAGAAUAGCCCCGCCUGCCAGUCCCCACGCCACUGGCCCCCUCUGUAGCGUUGGACAUGUCCUCCACUCUCCUCCCUCUGUCCCUCCUCCCUCUGCCCCCCGUCCGUCUCAUGGAAACAUACAGGUUCUCAUGGAAACAUACAGCUCCCAUUUAUCGCUUUUGUGACUUCAGGUUAUAGAACAGGAGAGCUUGGGUUCAAAAGGUUUAGAAAGAUAUAUUUGUUUGGACUUUGAGAAGCAGGAAUCAAUUCACAUGGAUUUGUUUGACUGUGUAAUCUGCCCCAUGGAUGUUUCUUUCCAUCUAAGUACAGUAUUAUCGACUUUGGACUCAAAAUAAUUGUCUUCUGGUAAAAGUAAGCCGAUAAGUCUAGAGUCCUGUAGCAAGCAAAAUGUGAUCAAAUUCCAAGUCCUUGUUCCAAGUCCUAUCUUUUCCCAUGGAAAAGCAGAUCAUGUUAUAUUGAGCAACUAUAUUGGAGAUUUGUUGCAUUGUGGGUGUGACUGACACGCAGCCUUCUUUGUCUCUCAAGGGUAACAUACUGUAAAAAAAACAGGAUUUCUCAAGGGAGACCUAAAUAGAUGUUCUCUGCCUCCCUCAGCAUAUUAUCACACCAUAGCAGUUCCAAUGGGACGUGGGGAGAGCCCUGAAAAUGGCAUUUAAACACGAGACCUGUGAACUCAGAUUCCACGCUCACAACAUGACAUUUCCUGGACAAUGAACCAAACCAACCAUUAAGCAACUCAUAGUGGCUCUCGUGACUCCUGCACUCUAAAAAAUGCUGGUUUAAAAAGCAACCCAGCACUGGGUAAAUAGUGGGCGGAACACACGUUGGGUUAUUUUUGACCCAGCAGUUGGGUUAUUGAGCUAUGAUCAGAUGGGCAUGUAUUUUAAAAUUUUAUUUUUUAUUAUUUUUAAUUUUAUUUUUUUAGUCAUUUAGCAGACACUCUUAUCCAGAGCGACUUAUUUAAAAUUCAUAUUUUAAUUACUUCUGAGUAUUUUAUAUUACAUGUGCUGAACUACACUCCAAUGUAUUUUGUGACAAGAUACUUUCGAAAGCUGUAAUUUGUAUUUUCAAAAUUCUAUACAAUUUCUUUACUGUGGUUCACAAUUUUGUGGCCCCCUUUCAACCUCAUUUGGUAUCAAAAGUCUGAUGGCACUAUGGUGUGAUAAUAGCGUCUGCUAAAUAAACUAAAUGUAAAUGUAUAUCUAAAAAUAAACAAUUGCAAAGCAUACCAAUGGAUUAUUCCAAUGAGUUCUGCCCCUAAACAAGGCUAAUGACAAUACCCAGUGUGCUUUGCAGUUGUUCAUUUUCACAUAUACAUUUUGGCCAUUUAGCACAGGGUUUCCCAAACUUGGUCCUUUAGGGUAUUUUGUAGUUGUAAUUUAUAAUUUAUGCCCAUCUCUGGCUAUUACCCACCGGGUCAGAUCAGAAGACUGGAGGCAUGGCUUAGUAGGGGUGUGGCGUUCAGCUAGUUAUUUUCAGCCACCCGUGAGAAUAAAUGUCAUUCAGGUUAAUCUUCUCUGUUGUAUUGUCAACACAAUUGAGUACUGACACUUUUGUAGCUUUAAUGAGGCUUACACAAGGGUUUGAGUUCCUCAAGUGUCUAUGUGUAUCCCAAUGUUGGUAUAGGUACCACUGUGUUAUAAUGUUUAAAUAAUAAUGUUAUUAAUUUUAUAUAAAAGGUGAAUUUAUUACAAGUAAACAUUUCAAAUCAAUUUGGUUAAAAUUCUAAACAACAAGCAACAAAUCCAAUGUAACCUAAGCAAAUAAAAAUAAAAACAAACAAGAAAAAACUAAAAAAACUAUGCAUUCAAUAAAUAAAACAGGUAGCGAUAAUCAGUCCAUCAAUUAGUUAGUCAGUCAGUCUGUUGGAGUGGUUGACGGUGUGUUGACGGAAGCGAUGGGGACUGGGCUCGCAGGUUGGUGGGUUUGGGAUUUGGGUUAGUGUGGUUGGUGGCGUUGGCCCUAGCCCUGCCGGCGUAGGAACUGGGGCAGGUUCUGAAGAAGUGGCCCCUUUUGCCGCACAGGUUGCAGGGGCGUGUGGAGGUACAGUCUGAGGUUGGAUGGUUGUCAUUACAGAUCUUGCAGAUGAUGGUUACUGCAGGCUGCGGCCAUAUGGCCGCAGUUCCUGCACAGUUUGGGCAUGCCGUAGUAGUGGACGGAGCAUAGCCUCUGUUCUUUCCCAGCGUGAUGGUGCUAGGGAGGUUUUGGACUCCGCCCACUCCAGUUGGGUCCGGUUUUAACAGGACCAGCCAUUUUCGUGCCCCAGUCCAGACGUGGUCUUUGUCCAGGACCCUCCUAGCUGCUGACUUGAGGGUGGCGAACCUGCUUAACCAAACUUCUAAUGUCCUAGUUCUGGAUGCAUUCCUUGCUAAACUAUACUGUAACUACCUUGGAUUCUGUGUCAGAAAGGGGGUAUGCUCAGAGUUUGUUACACAGGUUUGAAUCUUUGCACUUUCUGAAUUUUGACCCAAACUGUUCUAGAAACUGGGGGCCUUGAAACUAGCUUCAAAUGAUUCCUGUGGCCCUGGGUGUUUCACCAGGCAGUUCAGGUUAGACAGCACAAAGCCCAUACCGCUCUGGAGAAAUGGCUGGGUAAAGAUAACUCAAUGUGUGUUCUGUCCAAUAUUUACCCAAUUUGGGUUGUUUUUAACACAGCAUUUUUUAGCGUGUUGAGUGGUCAGUGGAAUGUCAGGACUCAACCUCUGUGCCCACACUGUGGCCAGAUGCUAGGAUCCUCACCUCUACUGUGGUUAGUAGUCAAGGGGCCUCCAUCUGGCCGUAGGGGCCGACUCUGAGGUCUGGGAAAGGUGAUGGCACUGGGAGCGCCCUCUGACCAUCUAGGAAUGCUGACUGGGGAAUGCUCGGCCGCUCGGCUCCCUUCCUCAGGGGUCAGUGCUUCUGUAGGCGGACUGCGGCUCCUCUCUGGUCUCCCUUUUGUCACAGGGGUCUAAGAGGGAGAUGGGUUGUGGGAAACAAUCUUUCUCAGAUUACAUAGAGCCAGGAUUGCUGGAAGGAGAGUUAUGUCCUUUGUUAUACCCCCUCCCCCCCACACACAAACACACACACACAGACACACACCUCGUUCCUGAGUUCUGACUCCAACAUGAUUUUCUCCGACUGUUGGCAACAUCAUACAUUAUUAGCAUUUUCAUAACAUUUAGAGUCUGCUGAGAAAGCGCUUGCCUUUAUUAACUGUCUGGGCUUGAGCCCUGAGAUCACAUGGCUACAGUUGGACAUUACAGUUGGUAGUUAGCAAGCCAGAGUCUGCUUUGUUCUAGCUAGCGUACUUCACUAUCCCUUCAUGAUACAAUUAAUGCCUUUUAAGUGAAACCUUAAAAUGUUUCUUUUUGGAAUUAUACGGAGCCAGUUGUAAUCUCAAACUGUAAUUUAUUUUGGUUUUAUUGGCUAAAAGUCAAGCCACUAAAUGCAGGGCUUGUCAUAGAAAUGUGUGUACGUUUUUGUGUGUGUGUGUGUGUGUGUACUAUUCUUACAUAUUGAUAGAGAGGAGCUGAGGAGUUCACUACUACAGUUCGUUGUGAGCUUGUUAGUUGCUAUGCUCAGCUAACCACCUUUUAUUGCGUUGAAAUUAUGCAAUAACAUGUUUUAUCAUGUACCUUCUUUCCCUCCUUCCCCCAGGUUUCUUCUGACUGCUGUGGCGGCCCUCUCCUGCUAUUCUAUUCACCUGCUGCUCAAAUCCUCUGGCAUUGUGGGUAAGCUGGCCCUCAUCUUCAUUUGACCUCAUGCAACAAUAGUGCAUGCGUAGCUAUGUGUAGUUCUACAUGCACAUCAUAGUUUGAUCCAGUGGCAACACUCUAAGCCAUAGGGAUGGGUCACACUAUUGCUGAAGCAUUGAGAGGAGAUGAUGGUACUACAUAUUGAGGGCUGUUGCAGUGUCAUGUCGCAGGGAUUGGGCCAGAUGGAGAAAAAACUGAUGGCUUGCAUAGUUGCCGCAUUAGUGUUAGCAUUAGCAUGCCCUGAUUAAUUUCCAUCUUGUAUAGAUUAGCUUGGUAACAUGGUAUUUCCCUGUAACCCUGUAAUGUAUAGUUCCCCAAUGGCCCAGCAUUAAGGAUGUUGACAAAACCGUAUAUAUUACAUUUACAUUUACAUUUACGUCAUUUAGCAGACGCUCUUAUCCAGAGCGACUUACACAUUGGUGCAUUCAACUUAUUGUUUUUCAUAUUCAGCAAUAUGGGCCUAGCAUGGAAAUAGAGGCCUGGCAUGAUAAACCGGUAAAUGAACCUGGAAAUUCUACACUGACUAUCUAACUAAGUGUUGUUUGAGGUACUACCUGGGUGUCCCCCUGUAAAGCUGUGUAAUGAUGAUGUUGCGCAACCCACUUCCUCUCCCAGGAAUCCGAGCCUAUGAACAGUUGGGCUACAGGGCCUUUGGCACCCCAGGCAAGAUGGCCGCCGGUAUUGCCAUCACACUGCAGAACAUCGGAGGUGAGAAGUCACUGUGGUCACUGGUCUAGUGUCCCACAACAACACACAUCUCUGUGUGUUUGUAGAGGCUAUGGUGUUAUGAUAAAUCACAAAGCUCAGCAGCAGACAUGCAGACUGUCUGGUCUUCCUGGCCGGGCGAUUCACCUAAAACUGUUCACUUGGAGUAGAGCCUUUCACAUUACCCACCCAUACUCCAGUCUAUAUUCACAUAGUGAUAAUACAGCCCUAACUUAACCCUUAUGGUUUCAAUAUGCUUGUCUGGGAAACAUGACAGUAGACAUUUGAGUAAAAUAUAUAUAUUUGUCUGUCUGUCUGUCUCCCUCUCUCUCCCUCUCUCUCGUCUCUCUGUAUGAUAUGGGGGAGUAUUAGGAGCUAAGGCCAGCCGUCCAGUUGGCAAACAGCUGCUGCCGUGGAUGUGGUGGUGUUUUGGCAUUGGUUAGACUUCCCUCGCACUGCUAACUACCACUGCACAGUGCAGUGGCUGCCUGCCUGCCUGCGUGCGUGCUUGGGCAAAUCCCUAGCUGUGACUAAGACACAGCAGUCAGAAGCCAUGUUACCAAUGUGGGGAAACUUACAUUUACUUUGAGACCUGGUGGAUAGAUUUAUAUUGUUGUAAAUUUAGUUACAACUAAUGCCUUUAGAAACUCACUUUCCACACUAUGUAUUAUUUUCUAGAUACAGUGCAUUUGGAAAGUAUUCAGACCCCUUGACUUUUUCAAAAUUUUGUUACGUUACAGCCUUAUUCUAAAAUUGAUUAAAUUAUUUUUUUCUCAUCAAUCUAUACACAAUACCCCAUAAAGACAAAGUGAAAACAGUUUUUAUUUUAUUUUUGCAAAUGUAUUACAAAUAAAAAACAGAAAUACCUCAUUUAUAUAAGUAUUCAGACCCUUUGCAAUGGGACUCAAAAUUGAGCUCAGGUGCAUACUGUUUCCAUUGAUCAUCCUUGAGAUGCUUCUACAACUUGAUUGGCGUCUACCUGUUGUAAAUUCAAUUGAUUGGACAUGAUUUGGAAAGGCACACACCUGUCUAUAUAAGUUCCCACAGUUGACAGUGCAUGUCAGAACAAAAACCAAGCCAUGAGGUCGAAGAGCUGCGACACAGGAUUGUGUUGAGGCACAGAUCUGGGGAAGGUUACCAAAACAUUUCUGCAGCAUUGAAGGUUCCCAAGAACACAGUGGCCUCCAUCAUUCUUAAAUGGAAUACGUUUAGAACCACCAAGACUCUUCCUAGAGUCUGGCCAAACUCAGUGGAGAAGGGCCUUGGUCAGGGAGGUGACCGAGAACCCGAUGAUCAGUCUUAAAGAGCUCCAGAGUUCCUCUGUGGAGAUGGGAGAACCUUCUAGAAGGACAUCCAUCUCUGCCGCACUCCACCAAUCAGGCCUUUAUGGUAGUGGCCAGAAGGAAGCCACUCCUCAGUAAAAUGCACAUGACAGCCCACUUGGAGUUUGCCAAAUGGCACCUAAAGGACUCUCAUUCCCUGGUCUGAUGAAACUAAGAUUGAAUUAUUAGGCCUGAAAUGCCUUUAUACGCAAAUAUUGAUAUAAUAACCAUCAUAUCAAAGUAAACUUGGAGUCACGAGAUGACAUGUUGUGUGGUCCUCCCACUACAACUUGGGAAAGAAUGCAGUUUAUUAGGGUACAGAUGAAAUAAGUUAUGAUGAACUUCACAGGGUGGUGAAAGUGCACACGGUGAUUGAUGCUCCUUUCCAAUAAAUAUCGAGGAUCUUAUUCUGGAGACAUGAUGAUCGAUGCUUGGCUGCCGUUUGUCAAAUAAAAAUAUUAUUGCUCUUUUGUCCAUUAUAGUCUCACCAUGUAGGCUAUCCUACUCGUACUGUAUCUGUGAGCUGUUGGGUAGGGCGCUCGCGCCAAGACCAGAGUGGGCACAUACGCAAUGUAACGCAACCAUUUUUUGGACCAAACCAUCAGUAGAGUUGGUUUGCAAUGGAAACCCAUUUAAAUUGUACACUUUAUUUGGUACAUGGGAAUUUAACCGCAGAAGUUAUUUUUAUGUGCAAUAUGUCACCACGCACAGCCUUUUAUCCCCAACAAGUCAAUUUGAUGGGAAAAUGUGCAUAUUUAAUGCUGAUUUUAGAAUAUUCGCAUGAACAUCUUUUGCCAGUUGAUUGGAAACCUAGCUACUGAUUGUGUCACUCAUAGUUCUGUCUGUCUCUAUUCCGUCACAGCCAUGUCCAGCUACCUGUACAUCGUCAAGUCUGAGUUCCCAUUGGUCAUCCAGGCCUUCAGUAGGGCGGACCCCACCGAUGAGUGA